AUUUUUCUACCACGUCUCUUAAGAGAAGGAUCUCUGGAAGUUUUGUAGCUGCAAGUCUACAGUUGUUAAUCGAUCUGCUAACAAAAGCCUGAUAAUUUAGGAUAUGCAAAUUAGAAUGAGAGCAGAAGCAUAGAUAAUAUAUUCCAAUGAUGGAUACGAACGACGUCUUAUUCCACGACAUGUACGACGUUUGCGAGAUGAUUGGAAAAGGUCCCUUUUCCGUCGUCCGCCGUUGUGUACAUAAGCAAAAUCAACAACAAUUUGCUGUCAAAAUUGUUGACGUCGCGAAAUUCACAGCAUCACCCGGCUUGUCGACAGAAGAUUUGAAAAGGGAGGCGUCAAUAUGUCAUAUGCUUAAGCAUCCACAUAUUGUUGAGUUAUUUGAAACGUACAGUUCUGAUGGCUUACUCUAUAUGGUUUUCGAGUAUGUUGAUGGAGCUGAUUUAUGCUUUGAAAUUGUCAAACGAGCCGGUGCUGGCUAUGUUUAUAGCGAAAGUGUGGCCAGCCAUUACCUGAAACAAAUAUUGGAAGCCGUGAGAUAUUGCCAUAAUAUAGCAAAUAAAUACUAUUGGGUUAGUGCUAAAGGUCAGAUUCUAAAAAAAUGCAAAUAA